AUGUCUCUUUGAACCCGAAACCCUAGCAUCCCCCACUAUAACUCUCUCUCUCUCUCUCUGCCCCCCAACUAAGCUUUAGGGCCGUCUCCCCCAAGUUUCUGUAGGUGUUUGAGCUCUCUCCACCGCAUUUGCCUCCUCCAUUCUGGUUGAGUCCCCAAUCUCGCCAUGUCGAAGAGGAAGGUUAGGGAGCCCAAGGAGGAGAACGUCACGCUCGGGCCGGCCGUGCGGGAGGGUGAGUACGUCUUCGGGGUCGCUCACAUCUUUGCCUCCUUCAACGACACUUUCAUCCAUGUGACCGACCUCUCUGGGAGGGAAACCCUUGUUCGCAUCACUGGCGGCAUGAAGGUGAAAGCUGACAGGGAUGAAUCAUCGCCUUAUGCGGCCAUGCUUGCAGCCCAAGAUGUGGCUCAGCGAUGCAAGGAACUUGGUGUUACUGCUCUUCACAUUAAGCUUCGUGCUACUGGAGGAAACAAGACCAAGACCCCCGGUCCGGGUGCUCAGUCAGCACUGCGAGCCCUUGCUCGUUCUGGCAUGAAAAUCGGUCGUAUAGAGGAUGUGACCCCGAUACCAACUGACAGUACUCGCAGAAAGGGUGGAAGAAGGGGACGGAGGCUGUGAUUGCUCGUGGCAUCAGGCAUUCAAUUUUGCUGCCUGCUUUUUCUGCGAUUUUCUGCAUCAGAUGCAAGUUUUCGCUUUUGUUACUGCUAUUGUGACUAUAGUCAUAGGGGUAUAUGCAGAUGUUAAGAUUCAUCUUUAAGCCGGUUUAAGACAGCUUUGGAUCUAGUUUAUCACCGUUGAUUGGAGCUUCAGUCUCAUCUGUCUCUUACGCCUUGCUACUGCUAUGGUAGUUUUGCC